AUGCAGGCUCGCUACUCCGUCUCCAGUCCCAACUCCCUGGGCGUCGUGCCGUACAUCAGCAGCGACCCCAGCUACUACCGGGCCGCUGCCGGUGGAGGAUACACGGGGAUGCCAGCUCCGAUGAACAUGUACUCCCAUGCGGCACAUGACCAGUACCCUGCCAGCAUGGCCCGUGCGUAUGGACCGUACACACCUCAGCCUCAGCCCAAGGAUAUGGUCAAACCCCCCUAUAGCUACAUUGCGCUCAUCACCAUGGCUAUCCAGAACUCGCCUGACAAGAAGGUGACCCUGAACGGGAUUUACCAGUUUAUCAUGGAGAGGUUUCCAUUUUACCGAGACAACAAGCAGGGCUGGCAGAAUAGCAUCAGGCACAAUCUGUCUCUGAAUGAGUGUUUUGUCAAGGUGCCCCGUGAUGAUAAGAAACCCGGUAAAGGCAGCUACUGGACCCUGGACCCGGACUCUUACAAUAUGUUUGAAAACGGCAGCUUCCUGAGGAGGAGGCGGCGGUUCAAGAAGAAGGACGCGAUGAAGGAGAAAGAAGACCGGCAGCAGAAGGACGUGCCGCCCCGGCAGCAAGGCCAGGAGCAGGCGGUGCAAGGGUCCCAGCCGGUGAGGAUCCAGGAUAUUAAGACCGAGAACGGCAGCGCCACGCCGCCGCAGGCCGACUCGCCUUCCCUCAGCACCGUGCCCAAGAUCGAGAGCCCGGACAGCAGCAGCAUGUCCAGCGGGAGCCCUCACAGCAUCCCGUCCAGCAGGUCUAUAGGCAUGGACGGCUCCGAGCACCACCAGCACCACGGCCAGGCCUCGACGCAGGGCUUCAGCGUAGACAACAUCAUGACCUCCCUCCGGGGGUCUCCGCAAGGGGCCACAGAGCUCACCCCCAGCCUCGGCGCCUCCACCAGGACAGGUAUAACACCGUCUUUGUCCUUAAACUAUUCUCCGAGCCAGACCUCUGUGUAUAGUUCCCCCUGUAACCAGAACUCCAUCUCCACUACCUCCAACGCCACCUAUCAUUGCAACAUGCAAGCCAUGAGCUUGUACGCCGGGGACAGAUCGAGCCACUUGGCACCGAGCACCACCGUGGACGAAACGUUGCCAGAUUACUCCAUCACGACCAGCGCAUCCUCCCUGAACCACGGGAACCUGAACUCGGGGCAGGAGGGCCACCACCCCCACCAAGGGAGGCUGACUUCGUGGUACCUGAACCAGGCCGGGGACCUGGGCCACCUGGGCGCCACGUACCCGGCGCAGCAGCAGAACUUCCACUCGGUCCGAGAGAUGUUUGAAUCCCAACGAAUUGGCUUGAAUAACUCGCCGGUGAAUGGGAAUAACAGCUGUCAGAUGUCAUUCCCCCCGAGCCAAUCCAUCUAUCGCACUUCGGGAGCUUUUGUGUAUGACUGCAGCAAGUUCUGA